GACACAACAGCUACAAAGAGAGAACAGCUACACACACCCGCACACACACAGACAGAGAGCCUGCAGUACCGGCUCUCUCCAGCAGAGGUCGGCAGAGCGGGGAGCUUCUGUGUCCCUCAGGCCGGAUCUGACGCGUCUCUCUCGGCUGCUGCGGCUCCAGUCUGACCCGCUGCGGCUCGGACCAGGACCCGCGAGCUGCUCGGUCCGCGUGCGUGUGAGGCAGUGUUUGUGGCACAGUCUGCGCGUGUGUGUGAUACUCAGCCUGUGUGUGUGUGUGUAAGUGUGUUUUAGAGCGUGUGUGCGCGUGUGCGCGUCUGUGUGUGUACCCAUGGAUGAGUCUAUUGUUGUCAUCCCGGUGCUUCGCUCUGUGACCGGAGGAUGCUCCUGACGAGCCGGAGCUCGGAGCUCUGUUCCCGCACAGCAGACACAGAACCGCCGCGGUGCAUCACGACUCUGUCAUGAAGAAAGACAUCGAGACUCUGAUCGCAGAGGAACGCGCGGACAUCAUCUUGAAAUAUGACACGGGCCGGCAGGGGGGGGUGGAGAUCGACCCUUGGGAAGAUGCCGACUACAGCGUCUACAAAGUCACUGACCGAUUCGGCUUCAUGCAUGAGGACGAACUACCGGCCCGGACGGCUCAUGAAGAAAAGUUGAAGCAGCUGGAGAUAGAGAGAACAGAGAAAUGGCUGAAGAUGGUGAAGAAGUGGGAUAAAUACAAGAGCAGUGACCGGAUGGUGAAGCGGGUCUAUAAGGGCGUCCCGCUGCAGCUCCGGGGCCGGGCCUGGGCCCUGCUGCUGGAUGUGGAGCGGGUCAAGAGGGAGAACGAGGGCAAGUAUGAGAGGAUGAAGGAACAGGCCCGACUCUACUCGUCUGAGAUCAAACAGAUCGACCUGGACAUCAACCGGACCUUCAGAAACCACCUGAUGUUCAUGGACCGCUUCGGAGUCAAGCAGCAGUCCCUCUUCCAUGUCCUCUCAGCGUAUUCAGUCUACAACUCAGAGGUGAGCUACUGCCAGGGGAUGAGUCAGAUCGCCGCCCUGCUGCUCAUGUUCAUGAACGAGGAGGACGCCUUCUGGGCCCUGUCGCAGCUGCUGACCAAUCACAAGCACGGCAUGCACGGCUUUUUUGUUCCCGGGUUUCCCAAACUCCAGCGAUUCCAGACACAUCACGAUCAGAUUAUUUCCAAACUCCUCCCCAAACUGAAGAAACAUCUGGACAGGGAGCAGAUGUCUGCAGGGAUCUACUCCACUAAAUGGUUCCUGCAGUGUUUCAUUGACAGGACGCCGUUCACCCUGAACCUUCGUCUGUGGGACAUUUUCAUCCUGGAGGGAGAGAAGCUGCUCACCGCCAUGUCCUACACCGUCCUGAAGGUUCACAAGAAACGUCUGGUGAAGAUGUCUCUGGAGGAGCUCAGGGAGUUCCUGCAGGAGAGAAUCGCUCAGACGUUCUUCUACAGCGACGACGUGAUCGUGGAGCAGCUUCAGGCCUCCAUGUCUGAACUGAGGAAAAUGAAGCUGGACUUUCCUCCUCCAGGGAAGCCGGACGAGCUGCCUCGGAAGCCUCUGGGCCAGGAGCUGCCGGUGCUGCUCAGUCCGGUCCCAGUGAAGACGUCCUCCGCCAGCAGCUUCCCCGGAGCUGGACUGAGCCUCCACAUCAUCUCCCACCAGCCCGACUCCAUAUCCCCGGACCAGAGCCCCUCCAAGGACCCCAGGGACCUGGAAGCUGCAGAGGAGGCUCCGCUACCUUCUCCAGACCCCAUCAUCAUCCACAGCCGGGCGCCGCUCAGCCCCGAUGGGUCUCCGCUGAUGGGGCCUCCGCCUUAUCAGCCCCCGGGGAGCCCAGCGGUGUUCACAGCGGAUCAGCCGUCCCUGCCGGACCCCCAUGGGGAUGGAGUGAGACCAGAUGCAGCAGCUGCCACCUCUAGGCGGAUUGCAGAUACACUCUCCCCUGACUCCUCUGCAGCUGGCGGCACUGACCACGCCUCCAGCGGCACUGACCACGCCUCCCGUGUCACUGACCACGCCUCCCGCGGCACUGACCAAGCCUCCCGCAGCACUGACCACGCCUCCAGCGGCGUCCCACGGACUCUGUCUGCGCCUGUAGUCCAGGGGGCGUCGCCCGGUUCGGUCCUGGCUCACUCUGGGAGUCUGUCGGCGGCUGAGGACGGUUUUCCAGUCGAGCUGCCAAAGCGGAACUGGAGUUCAGCCCCAGAGGAAACACAGACGCCGGAUGUUUCAUGAAACCACGACUCGCGGUGAUUGAUUCACGAAGUUCCAUCUUUGUUUAUUUGAUCAUGUGUCAGUUUUGGAGGAGAACAACAGAAUUAUCAGUCAGAUCAACAGUGUCGAGCAAUAACUGCUUUAAAAUGUGUUUUCAGUUUCACGUUGAAGAUCUAAUCUGUCAACAGCAGAAAAUCUGUUUUCAGGCAAAGCAACAGCAGCAACAUUUUAAAACUUCUGUCCCUUUUUCAGAUGUGGAUGGAAACACAGUGUGAGUUGAUAAAGAGGUAGAGGGAGGUUACUCAGCAGCCGGCCACCAGGGGGCGAUGCAGCCGGCCACCAGGGGGCGAUGGAGACGCUUUAGCUUCAACCGUCUUGUUGUCCCUCAUUAUUUACAGUCUGUUGUGAUUUUCAGCUAAAUUUGUUCUGAAUCAGUUGCAUUGUGGGAAGUGUAGUAAAUCUUUGGGAGUUAAAGUCAGAAAUUCUCAACGUACCGCUUUAAUUUUUUUAAUAUUCUUUCUUUUAUUAAAUCUUUUUCAUGUCGUGGAUGUAAAACGUUGAUACAUCUGUGAUCUGGUGUCAGUUGACAGAACAACAGGUCAAACGAUCGAUGAUCCUCAGAGGAGUGAAAACCUCGACCUGUACAGAACAGGUCCACUCACUCUUUACCCUCCACUUCAUAUUCCUCUGUUCAGUGGUUCUUCUCACUUCUCAUGAACACAGUUCGUGAUCAGUGAAGAUCUGUGCUGGUUCCCAGACUCCGUGAGAUCAGAGGAGCCGACAGACGUCAGGAGUUCAUCUGACGUCCUGUCACCUGGGAACUGAGACGCCUGAAGAAGCUCCGCCCUUCACAAGACACAAAAAUAAACCUUUUCUAGUUUUGUAAAGUUUCGUCAGAGAACAGAAUGUUUGAUGCUCGGCCUUUGUAAAUCGUUUGCUAGCAGAGUUACAGUUUUAUUUUUUGUAGUAUCGUCUCAAUGCCUUAUUUGAAUCGGCUUCAGUUCAUGUGUGUGACGUCCGUGCACAGCAGAGGGACUGAGAGGAUCUGAUUGGACGGGACUUUCCUCUGACGCAGCGAGCUGGCUCACUGUUACGAUUGUACACAUCCAGACCUUUUGAGCUCUUUUCAAAUACGUGGAUCUCUCAGUAAUUUAUUGUUUUGUCCUGAUACAGAAAGCUCAUUUAAAACCCGUCCUGGUCCCGACCCGGAGUCUCUGCUGCCUUCCCCCCGAGGAGCUUGAAGCGUGGAGUGAACCUGGUUCUUAAUCUUAAAGAAACUCAGCAGGAAGUAGACGUCACAGCUUCUGUGGACUUUGUGUUUAGAGAGUUCAGUAUUGUAGAAGAGUUUCUCCAUUACAGAGAAGGAAACUCACUUUGUGCUUAGGAAUAGUGAGAGAUCGACCUCUUUUGGUCGGUUUAGGUAAAGCAUGUCUUUCUUUAGAGCAGAAAAGAGAUGAUUUGAACUUUUAGAUCAGAAAAUCAGAUCGAAAAAUCUUGUGAUUUGAGGCCAUAACUUUGAAUUCUGUGAAUAUGUUUUGGCUUUUAUGACGUUUGACUGAAUCUCAGUGUGGAACUCCGGAUCGUUUGAAUUCAAGUUAAACAUUUAACAGUUUUAUUAUAAGUUUAAAGAAGCAGAAACUUUCCCAGGACUUUGAAGAGGUUGAUGAAAAUCUGGAGGUGAAACAAUACAACUUUUAUCAUC